GGAAAACGAAUAGGUGGAGAGAUGAUACAAAUCAUGGCGGUGGGGGGAUUCAAAGCUCCCCCAGCCCACAGCCUCUGUGACUCUACAUUGAAAUGUCACUUCAAAGAGUCAGUACCACCUCAGCUGAUUGAGGCUAAGGCUGUGGGGGUGAUCUGAGAUGGUAUUGUGCCAGGGACAAGGUGACACCUGAAUCCUGCCCUCCUUGCAAGCCUCCCAAAGGAAAAGCAUGAACCAAGGAAAGAGAAGAUGCCAGCACACUCUAGGCUUUAUUGCCAAACCUCAGGCAGAAUUCUGCCAGGCAUGACUGCCCCCUGUCGAACACUCUCUUACUGAAGCAGGGGUUUCCUGACAGCCUAACGCCAAAUCACGCUAAACACCUACUCUAAUCACUUCACUCCAAAACAAAAGCCCGAGGCUAGGACCUCAUCACUUCUAAUUUGAGAAAAGGCUAUUCCCGCCAGGGAAAAGCAGAAGCGAGUCAAUAGACCAAAGCAAGCCAGGAAAGGAACCCAAUGCCCGGAGGGAGCUGACCUAGGCCACCCACUCCAGACCUUUCUCCAGCCAGGGAGAGCCAGUCUGGACUGUCUGUCAUCCUGGGGUGUCCUCUGACUGUUUGAUGGAAGUUCUCUUCGCUUCUCUGCAGGAUGAGCUCCUCCACUUCCUGACUCCCAUGGCACCAGCUUUCCUGCUUGAUUUGCUCAUUUAGUUGGAGCACAUCCACCAGCAGCUCCCUGAGAAAAGGCAGCAGAGGUCAGUUUUAAACCUCCCCUGGCUGACGUAGCAUUCGUCUUCCUUCCUCUUUGAUUGGUGUUUUACUGAGUGAAGAAUUCCAAGAUGGGACUAUUUUUCUCAGAGCGUGAAAGCAUUGCUCCACUGUCCACUGCUUUCUUAGAUGGCUCUUGAGAAGCCUGAAGACAUUCUGAUUACUGGUCCCUGUACAGGGUCCAUUUUUUCUGUGUUUUUCUUAUUCCUAGCACUGGAUGCCUUCUCAGAGGACCCUUUCAAUCUGGAAAUUCAUGUCUUUCAGCUCUAAAAUUUCUUCCUUGAAGCAUUUCUACCAGUUCCCUGUUCUCUCCUCUCCACACCCAGGCUGGGUGGGUGACCCAAGGGGUGGUGGUGAAGGUCGUAAGCAGCAGGCUCGCAUGCUGUGUACCUCUGAACCCCACCCAAGCGUUGGGGCAGGGAGCACCUGCUUUUCCCAGCCUUGGUUCCCGGGGAUCAGGGCCUUCCUUUCCAGAAGCAUUCCCUGAGCAGAAAACAGUAGGCUCAUCCCCUCACCCCAAACCUGCCCAGAGGCAGUGGGAGAGCAAGGCUCAGCAGGACUUGGACUCAUCUCCUCGCUGCAUCCCCGCCACCAGUGCGGCCUGAAUUCACCCAGGCCACCGCGGCUUCCUCGGGCAAACCCCAUCGCCCCUUCUCCCCAUCCCUGCGCCUGUUUGUACCUCCCACCGGACUUCUAUUAUAAAUAACUUCCUCCCCCCCAUCCCCCCAACCCUGUUGUCUCUGUGCUUUCUUUCUGAAACUUGUGUUGGCUGGAUGCUGGACCUCAGGAACCAAUUGUCUAAUUUUACCUUUUCUUCCCGAUUUCUCAACUCUGUCUUUUCGUACCGCUGCCCGGGAGAUUUCUGAAACUUUAUCCCCAACACUUCUAUGAAAUUUUAAAUUCCUGCUGUCGUAUCUUUAAUCUACAACAAUUCUUUCUUGCUCUCUGACUUUUCCUUUCACAGAGCAGCCUCUUCUUGUUUGGGGAAAGCAGUACUUUGUCUAUUUAAUUGUAGUGGGUUCUACAUUUUCUUCUGCUUCCCACCAUAUCUUUGUACCCUUUCUUUUCCCUGUGGUUUUUGUUUGCUUUUGUUUUGAAUUCUUGCUAUUGGUUUUUUCUCUUGUUCCUGUUAGAAGCAUUCCUCAAAUGCCUGAUGGCUUCCGGCUGCCCAUAAUCCAGCUUGAGGCACUCAGAAGCUGGCUAGAAGCACAGUGUGGAAGGACUAAGCUUACCAGCUGAGGAGUGACAAGGGUCCCAUCGGCUUUUUCACUACUGAAGAAUACAGAGUUUUUCUUUUCUUCAGUGCAUGUUGCACACAAGAACUGCUGCCCCAAAGACGGCUGGACUUCUGUCUACACUGUGGUGGGAGCGGCUGUCCACGCCCCUUUGGCUUGGCCAGGCAAAAGACAGCUGCAGUUUUCAUGUGCCGUGACAAAGAUGUGUGAGGAAAAAUGAUCCCUCUGUGCUGCCUUCUCCCGGCCUCUCAAAUUUCAGCCUGUUGAACUAUUCAAUGCACGGUAAAUGCCAUCAAGAGAGCCGAGCACCAGCCACAAGGCAGCGCAGCCAUCCCUCUGAUCCUCCCAAGAACCCUCCCUGAGGACCAUCUGUGACUCCAUCUUCAGAGGAGGAUACAGAAGCCCCGACUUGGGUCUGACACCAAAGCCUGGGUUCGUGCCAUGGCUGGCCCUCACCUUACCCUGUGGAAUUUACUUGUGUUCUUCAAAGAGAAUGGGGUUCCCGGGGAGACAGGGCACCAGCAUUCCAUGUGGAACUGCCCGACAGGGUGAGAAGGGCACAGAGAGAAGACCCCAGAAGAUGCUGCUUCUCCUGCUUGGCUGUCUCCUGCCUGCUGCCAACGGGAGGAGCUGCUUCCACUGCUGGCCAGAACUGCCAGCCUUGAUAGACUACGACCUGCAGAUUCUUUGGGGCACUCCAGGGCCCCCCGCAGAGCUCUCCCAGAGCCUCCACUCCCUGUUCCUGGAGGCUCAUGACUCCCCGGAAGCCUGGUAUCUUGAUGAGGAUCAUCUGGAGGAAGAAACAGCCAAAUUGUUCGAUCACGUAGAUCAAGCCAUUAAGAAGUUGCGAGAUGAUAAACCGUUACUUCUGGAAGAGAUUCGAGUCCAUAAGCAGCUGUUCUGCGAGAGGCUGGAUGAAGUAUCCGAGGAGCUGAUGGAGAAGGGUGAGAGUUUCUCUACCGUCUCACCCUCCCGGGCAGCCUGCAAUACAUCCUGUGACCUACACUUCCCACGGGAGGUCAUCAACUGUGCCAACUGCAGGACACACUUCCUCACCUGCAAGGACCCCACCCUCUGCCCAGCCGUGACCAGGAGGACCCUCGUGUGGGCUGUGAGCCUCGGCGUUGCUCUGCCCCUGGCAGCCAUAGCUGGAGGUGGAUGUUACGUUUGCUGGCGCAAAAAGAAGAAGAAGAAGAGGGCAGAAGAGGGACCUGGCAGCCCACUCAUCUCCCACAACUGAGCAGAGGCCGCAGUUGCUGUUAGGAAGCUCUCUCGUCUCUGGGUUCCGGUAACUUUCCCUCCCCUGACCCCUCCUACCUGGGGUGGUAACAGCUCUGAAGUUCCGAGGCCCAGGAGAUCGCACAUUCUCUUGCGGUUUCCCUGCGCCCGUGCCUUGUAAAUGUCCGUCAUUAAAACACCCUCCUAACUUUC